AUAUGAACAAUUUUUUUAGUGAAGCGUGUCCGUCGUUAUUCCCGGCGUUGGUUUGUGUGGAAAUCUUUCUCUCUCUUGGCCCUCUCUCUUGGUCCUAUAUAUGUACCUCUUACAGCACCGUUCAGAUUAAAAAAAACAAAAACUUCCUUCUUCCCCAAGCUCACACCAUCCGUGCUUCUCAGAUAUAGCGGCUAAUCUUUUCCUUCUCCUGCCACAGUUAGAAAUUCUGGAAUCUUUCGGGAACUACCCUUUUCUUAGUCCUCACCAACAUCCUUCAAUCUGGCAUCUCAUUGCCAUCUCGCAGGUUUGGAUAUCUGCGUUCAUUAUCUGUGGCUUGUGACUCUUGCCUUUCACUCUGGCCGCUAAGGUAGCGUCUUGUUGGCCCUUGCGGAAGGUGUGGGGUGUCGACGACCUGCCUGUUCUACUCAUCCUUCAUUGCCCGAGCUCAAAUCCUUCAUGCAUUUGGAGACUCUGCCGAUUGAGCAGAGGGUUUCCUAUUGAUUAUGGCUAAUGGUCGUGCAUAGAUGAUUUCUGUCAUACGCUGGCCCCUGUUCUUCUAGAAGAACUAAUCCUAAGUUGGAGUAGGAAUUGAGAUGUGUUAGAUUUUUUCGGUGUUUGAAUUUUGAAUUUGGUAUCCUAUAAAUCGUACCGAAGCUUGUAGAAGAGUCGGUAAUUUGUUCUCGUUGUGUAGCAAUGGCCAAGUUUUCAUGCUUCGCGGGACUCUUGAAGAAAUCAAAGACUGGACAUUCUAAACCUGCGGUAGCAGGAAAUCAAUGCGGAAGCUUGCAAGUAAAGCUUGAAAAGGUUGACAAUUCUUCUAAAAAUGGCUCCUUCAAGACUUCGUUCCAUGUCUCUAUACUGCCUCUCAGUACAGAGGAGCACUCAGAUGGUGACGUGAAAAUAGUGGGAGAUAUGAAUUGCAAUUUGGACGACAAGCAGUGGCAUCUUCCAACUUCUGAGGCGAAAAAGGAAGAAGGAUCCAUCGUCCAGGACGCCUAUGAGGGAGAAGAUGAAGAUGAUGACAGCCCAUUGGCUUGUAGGGGAUCUCCCAACAUCGAUCUCCAUUUACAUGGCAGGACGUGCAAUUCACAUAGCGAUCUCUCUGUUCUAGAUUCUGUUCCCCCUGAUUCAAGCGAGAAAUACUCCGGAGAUGAAGCGAUCCAGAGCGGCCAUCUUAGUGAUCCUGGCAUUUAUGUAAGAACAGGGUUCACUGGAUCACAGCACUCUUCCCCAAGACUAAAGCGCUCGUGCUCCAACUUGGAGACGAGGAUGCUUGAGAAGAUUAUCCCUUCUCAAUUUUCUUCAAAAUCGCAUUCUUUUGAUGAUCUUCAAGAAAUUUCAUGCAUUCAUAAUGCAGGAAUUCGGGGAAUUGACGGCAGCCCAUUGUCUGUUGUGACCUCAAGCAGUGUAGACAAGGUGAUGCUGAAACGGAUGUCUUCUAGUCAGCUUCUUCCCUCAAGGAGCAGAAGAGUGUGGUGGAAGCUCUUCCUUUGGAGUCAGAGAAACCUUCACAGGCCAAACAGAGAUUCAUGCCAAGUGCCGCAGUUAGCCAUUGCCUGUAAAAAUUUGAUAAGUAAAGAAGGUUAUUCAUCGGAUACUCAGGACGUCUGCGAGAUCACAAAGAAAGGCAAGGAAGCCAUGAAGACAGAAAGCUCAAAACUGAAGAAUGUGUUGUGCAGCAAUCCUUCAGGUGGCUUGCGCCACAAUCAAUGGAUGGCCUUCUCCACACAGCCAUCUUCUCAAAAUUGGAUAGAUGACUGGGUUCACACCAGCAUCGAUGCUGACUCUGUGCCGCCAGCUGAUGAUCUAGAGACUACCCUGCAGCAUGACGAUUCUGAAGACACAUUUACCCCCUCGUCUGAGGUUUCACGAUCACCUGAAACUUGCAGUCUAACGCCAAGGCGACCUUGCCUUCCUAUUGAAGUUUUACAUGCCAACAGCAUAAUUCAGGCCAUGAAUCCCUUAUCAACAGUAGCCCACGUCUCAGGAAUGGGCUUGAAGAUUAUUCCUACCUUCUCACCAUUUUGCAGCCUCCGAGCCAUAAACCUCUCCAGCAACUUAAUUGUGCACAUUACUCCAGGGUCACUGCCUAAAAGCCUUCACACACUAAAUUUAUCAAGAAACAAGAUCGUCACUAUCGAGGGUCUCCGUGAAUUAACUCGACUGCGAGUUUUAGAUCUCAGCUACAACCGGAUCUCACGAAUCGGCCACGGUUUGUCUAAUUGCACAAUCAUUAAGGAACUAUACCUCGCUGGCAACAAGAUUAGCGAUGUCGAAGGACUUCAUCGCCUGCUAAAGCUGACCGUGUUGGACCUCAGUUUUAACAAGAUCACUACAGCCAAGGCGCUUGGGCAGCUAGUGGCCAACUACAGCACCCUUGUGGCCCUGAACCUGCUAGGCAACCCGAUUCAGACCAAUUUAGGUGAAGAUCACAUAAGAAAAGCAGUAUGCAGCCUUCUCCCGAAACUGGCUUACCUGAACAAGCAACCCAUUAAACCAGUGAGAGCAAGAGAGGCAGCCACUGACAGUGUCGCCAAGGCUGCAUUAGGAAACGGCAGUUGGAGCUCAAGGCGAAGUGCAACACGGCGUUCAAGCCAGGGAUCGUCAUCCCUCAAGGGAAGAGCAGCCAUUCAGCGUUUUAGCAGCACUGGUGGUCGCCCUUCUAAGCUAAGUGGUCGAGAUAAACACAGCAGGAGUGGGAAUGAACGUUUGUCCAUGAGACGGUAGGCUGUGUCGGAAAGUGAUCUAGUUGUUAAUUGUUAUUGUUGGUUCGGCAUCGGCUUUCUUCUGGUGGCAUUGUAGAUAGAAUUCACGUGCCAUUCUGUAUGUAGCUGUCAGCAAUUUCCAAUGUAAUUCAGCAUUCUUCUUCUAAGGUUACUUAAUGGAAGAUCGUCCCUUGUUUUUGUUA